GAGCUCGGUCGGUCGUGGUUCGUUUCACGCUCUCUGAUCGCUCAUACGACCAAACUGCCGGCGAUAAACAAAAUAAUGAGUGUACCACAUUACGUGCAUCGCGAGUGCAACAAGCGACAACAGUGUGUGAUAACGAGAAUGUAACGUGCGUGUUGUGUUAAACGAAGUGCGUUUUUAAACGUGUUUUGGAGUUCGCGGCGCGUGGACAACGCCAUGCCCGUCGUGUUUAGAUCCAAUGCAACGCAAAAUGAAACGGAUCACCUCAGCCUUAGCAUUUUAAGUUUAACCUGACAAAAGUUAUCUGUGAUCUCAUUUAGUUUAGUUAACAAAACAAUUGCCUAAUAGUUUAAGUGUAAAAAAACAAUAAAGACAAUCGUCGAUUUUUAUGGAAAUCCGGCUCGAAGGACCAAAUUUGGGCGUUUGAAUAGAGCUUAAAAAUGGCAAUUUAGUGCUCGGUCAUGGAUGACAGAUAGUAUGUGUUGUUGAAGGAUGGGAUAAUGGAAGUGUGGGCGUUAGGUUCUUGAAAAUGCCGCAUGCGCACUCGAGUUCAGCAGCGAGCUCGGGCGGCGACGACCUGGGCUCCACGGACGAGGUCAAAGUAUUCAAAGACGAGGGUGACGGAGAAGACGAGAAAAGGAGUUCGGAGAACCUGCUAGAAGAGAAGUCUAGUCUAAUCGACUGGACUGAAAGUGAGGAAAAAUCCGGCGAGCCUUAUUCCGGUAAACUAUCGGUGAAGUCGGAUCUAAGUCCUGUGUUUGGUUUUUUCUCUCCAGGUAAAUUCGAGCCGCAUCCUGCAGCGAGCUUCAACAUGGGCUACCUAAUGGCGCCGUACCCUUACCCCAAUGGCGGAGCGCAUCCAUUGCCUGUUUCUAUGACUGGCAAGAUGGGCUUAUCAGCUGGUGGUGGAUUAUCAUUGUUCUGUCCCGGUGGAGAACUGGGGCAGCCUCCUCCUGCACACAUGGGUAUCCCACCUCCGUAUCAGCUAGACUCCAAGUUGGCGGCAGGUCUCGCGCGGACCCCAAUGUACCCCUUCCCGGGGGGUACCUACCCUUACCCCAUGCUUAGUCCUGAGAUGUCGCAGGUUGCGGCCUCGUGGCACACUCCAAGUAUGUAUCCUAUAUCCUCGGCGGCAAGUGGCUUCCGAAGUCCGUACCCUACAUCUCUGCCCAUCACCAGUUCUAGUCUAUCAAGUGAAUUAUAUCGAUUCUCCCCAACGCUGGGCGGCGGGCUGGGACUCGGUUUGGGCCCAGCGCUCGUUCCCCCUCCCCACUCCAAGGCAGACCUCUUCACGCAUCAUUCAAGGUCGCAAGAGAAGGGCUCCAGUAGCAGCAGCGCCGAGAAGCCCGCUGACAGCUCAGCCAGCAACAACAAGGAACAGAACAAGAAACCUCACAUCAAAAAGCCCCUCAAUGCCUUCAUGCUCUACAUGAAGGAGAUGAGGGCGAAGGUAGUGGCGGAGUGUACGCUCAAGGAGUCCGCGGCGAUCAACCAGAUACUGGGCAGACGGUGGCAUUCGUUGAGUCGCGAGGAGCAGGCAAAGUACUAUGAGAAAGCGAGACAAGAGAGACAGCUUCAUAUGCAGCUGUACCCCGGGUGGAGCGCGCGGGACAACUACGGUUACGGUUCCAAAAAGAAAAAGCGGAAAAAGGACCGCGGUCCCGCAGAGCUGGGAGGAAAUAACUUGAAGAAAUGUCGAGCGAGGUACGGUCUCGACCAACAGAACCAAUGGUGCAAACCUUGCAGGCGGAAGAAGAAGUGCGUGCGCUACAUGGAAGCCCUAGCAGCUGCCGCGGGGACCGUCUCCCUUCCGAUGGUGACCCCUCAGUCCCCCUGCUCUGAGGAGGACGUCAAGCUCGAGGAGCUCUCGGACGCGUCGAGCGACGAGGCCGACACACCCCUUAACUCGGCCUCCAGCCCCGGGGGCCUCAGCGCCCUGUCGUCGCUGGCGUCCCCCGCAUCCGACCCUCCGCCCCCGCCCCGGAACCCCGUGGGCACGAAUCCCCGGGACGCAAAUAACCCUCUGUCUGUGGGCCAGCUCACCUCCCAGUCCUGGCCGAGAGCGGCCCAGGCGCGGCCCGGCCACGAAGUGAUAUCGGUCUCAUAGUGACGGUGGAACACGUCCGGUGCCCGCCGACGCACGGACGCGACUGAACGCGGACCAGCCUGAACGUACAAAACAUUAAACUAGUUAUGAAUUUCGAACCUCAUUGUACUCUUUGACGAUUUUAACUCUAGACACUCCAUGGACGCUUCACACUGGGUUAGGAUCGUAAUGGAAUACAAUGCGUGUGCGUUAAACGUGGUUUUUAAAUUUUGAAAUGGACUAUGAGUGGAUAGCAGAAUUUCAAGUACAGUAGUGACACCUGUCGUUUGUUUGUAGUAGCGUGGAAGCGCCAUCUAGUAGGCUGGUUCGGAAACAGUUCGUGUUGGUUGUGAUAAAUACAAGGUACCAUUGAAAACUUUAUAAACUGGUUCAGAGAUAACUGCAGAGGUUCUAUCGGGUGCUAAUAGACACGGGUUUCGUGAUCGUCGGGAAUAUCGACAUUUUCGAUUCGUUUCGUUUCUAAUUGAUUCUUACGAGAAAAGAAAAAUCACAACCUAUUCCGUAUAUCGUUACAACUUAGGAUCGAGUGAUUUUAAUUUCGAAUGGCCUAAUGCAUUUACUUAUUAUUUCACGGAAUGUCCGAUAUUACCGACAAUCAGUGUGUUCUGUGAAAAGAAAACUAUGUAUAUUCACGUAUAUUAUAAUAACCGAAUAACUUACCAACUUAGAUCCCAGUACAGCCAUCGUUGAUCUCAAAACUAGCCCACGAGUCAUCGCACGUCUGACCGCCGCUCCGCCGAGGCGAUCUAAUUCCAUCACUAGUCACACCUUUCGUGCCAUCCGAGUAAUAGUCUCUGACAUCAAAUCACUUCCUAAUGAUGUUUCACGAUGUAACAUUUUGUGAAUGGAAUUUUGGUAUGUCCGUGUUUAUUGUUAGGUGCCUUUACACCCUCAUGUGGAGAUUUACGUCUUUUUAAAUUCGAUUAAAAAAUUUGAUUACUUUUAAGUUGUUUUUGAACGGCAACGUAUGUACCAAGUACGGACGAUGUUCCGCUGAGCGAUUUUCGCCUCUCCUGCUCUCUCAUUACGGACGUUUUUAACCUUAUAUAAUUUUCUUGACGGCCUGCACCAGAUAAGGUUCCAUGUAGCGUUAGAAUUCGAUUUUAGUUUAUAAAUUCCCUUCGUCGGGCGUGUGUAUAAAGUAAAAGUUAAGAUGCGAGGAAGGGAUACCUGUUUUUCCGUUGUGCGGAACUCAUUAGACUGUCGUAGGUUAGAGUAGGCACGUUGUAUGAGUGGUAUCACACGGGGAUGUACCGGAGGCAACUUCCAAACUAAACUAAUCCAAUCUGUUCUUAUAUAAUUUGUAUGAAAUGUAAACUAUAUCACGCUUCUUUGAUCAAUAAAUGAAAUUCUUUCGAUAUACCAUCACUUAAACGUUGAAAAUUAACUAAAAAUAUAUAUUUUAUUAUUAUUAAUUCGGUAAACAUUUAAAUUUUAUACAAAUUAAUGUAAAACAGAUUAUUAUAAAUUAAACUAUCGUCUUCUUCAAUAUUAAAGUAAUAUGAAAUAAAUUUAUCUUAAGAUUGCUAACUAAUUUGUCGCUUCAUAUAGAAAAUCGUUGAAAUUGUUAUCGGUACAUCACCGACCUGUAUAUGUGUAUACACAGUGUAAAUGUAUAAAGUCUAGGCUAAUCUAACUGUGUCAUAUUAGAUAAUAAGUGUAUUAUUCUACUUACAUAUAUACAUAUAUAUACAUUAUUGCUAUAAAAAGAUGUUUAAAUGAAAAAUAUUAGUUGAAUACUGAUACAAAUGAAAGGUUUUCGUCGUACAUAUCUGAAAAUCUUAAAUUAUUGUUUAAAAGUUUUAUCAAUAACGACCCCAGAUUAUAUCAUCGCUCGUAUGUUGUAAAUAAAUUUGUAAUUCGCGAAAUACUUAGAACAUUUUUUUUUUAUUAUGAAAAAAAAUGAUUGCAUUUAUUAUUAUUAUUGUGAAGAUUAGUACCCUCGGAAUGUUCUCGGAUGGUUUGUUUUGUCCAACACUUCUUUUGUUGUUUUAUUGUUAUUAUUAAGAAUUUUAACGUUGUUAAAUGCAAUUUCAAACCGUGACUCAUAAAUCGUAAAUUGUGCUUUGUGAUUGAUAAAUUAACGAGGAAAUUAUUCGAAAAUCGAAUCCUGAAUAGUUUAUUUUUAUUAUAUAUUGAAUAUCUGACAAGAUGACGAAUCGAUUUUAUAACAAAUCUGACAAGAUUUCGUUCGCUCAACAAUGGCUUGAUUUUGCAUGAAAUUCGAACUUGUGCAAUACUGAAAUAAUAUGGGUACUUUAUAGUUUGCUAAAUAUUAAUUAGAUUUUCCGUAAAAUUUGUUUUAAGGAUAUUUGAAUUUAUAUGGAAUUUGAUAUUUUGUGUUCUAAAGGAAGACGUUUUAUUUUUUAACUAUUUUGAGUUUGUAUUUGCUUUCGUGACGUGAGCGAAUGCGUGCCAAAACCAUCUUAGAACCUAAAGCAGAUUGCCAGGGAUAUACAAGUGGACAGUAAACUUUUCUAUAUAUAAUCUGUGCCAAAUUUAACUAAACGCUGGUAUGAUCCAAUACCUAAUACCUCUGAAAGGUCUUUUAUGUUGAUAGAUUUUAUAGGUUGUUUUUAUUGUUAAGAUGGUAAAGACAAAGCGGCUCCUGCGAAGAGCUGGUUAUUAUUUUUUUUGUAGGAAAAAUUUGUCAAAUUAGAAAACUCAAUUAUUAGGUCUGGACCCGUGUCUUGUGUUCAGUUGAACGAAUAUUAUUUUAAUAAACAGCAUAAAAUUGUA